GAUCGUCGUGCUGUCGGUCGACAUACACAUCACUCACGAUGACUGCAAAGCCCACUGCUACUGUCAGUCAUCUUCGUCCACCUGUCCAUUCAGAUCAGAUCAGAGUGGCAUUUCCAAAGGAGCACGUUAUGCUUCUGACAUUCAAUCGUCCCGAAGCUCUAAAUGCUGUGACAUCUACAAUGAAAGAGGACAUUGAAAGGGUCUUCGACUGGUUCGAUAAUGAGCCGAGCCUCUGGGUCGCCAUCAUAACUGGGGAAGGACGCGCAUUCUGCGCAGGAGCGGAUUUGAUUGCCUGGAAGCAACGGACGCAAGAUGGACCCCAAGAUGAGGGAGAGUCCAUUAUCAGUGAUGUCCAUGGAUUCGCAGGCAUCUCUCGCCGGACCAGCUCUCCUAAACCGAUAAUUGCUGCUGUGAAUGGCAGUGCCUAUGGUGGCGGAGUGGAAAUCAUACUGAACUGUGACCUCGUGGUCGCGAGUGAGGAGGCUACAUUCGCUCUACCUGAGGUGAAGCGCGGCGUGGUCGCGAUCCAAGGUGGUAUGCCAAGGCUGGCGAGAAUCGCUGGUCAUCAGCUCGCUAGCGAGAUGCUACUCCUCGGUAGGAAUGUCACAGCGUCGGAUGCUGCCACCCGUUUCGGAUUUGUCAAUAAGGUCGUGCCCAAGUCCGAGGUCCUAGCCACAGCCCUAGCCUGGGCAGAAGAGAUCUGUUCCAAUUCCCCUGAUUCCGUGCAGAGCACAAAACGUGCUUUGCUUCUUGCGAAUCUGCACGCUAGCGUCGAAGACGUUGUCGUAGCACAUGUGCGCUCCCAAGAAAGCAUAAGGCAGCAGACCGGCAAGAACAUACAGGAGGGAUUACGAGCGUUCUCGGAGAGGGUGAGACCAAUCUGGACAAAUCCAGCGAGAUUAUGAGGCUUGGCAUCGGCUGAGCCCGACUGGCAGAUU